AUGACGGAGUUGAGAGACGUGUUGGACAGGCUGGGACUCCUUCAGUACCUGGGGAGGCUUAAAGAUGAGGGCUUCCAUAAAUGGGACACCGUUCUCGACAUUACCGAACAGGACCUAGCUGCCUUGGACUUUAAGCUGGGCCAUCGAAGAAUUUUGCAGAGAGAGAUUGCCAGUGCACGUGGUAUACCUCCGACGCAAGCAUUAACUCCUGCACAAUUCGGUCCGGCCGAGGACUUUGACCAGGAGGAGAAGCCGCCUUUCAAACCGGCCAAGGCCGAGCCGGGGAGACCACAACAGGCUCCAAACACUGGAAAGCGGAAAUACCGGAGACAUCCAAAGACUGAUGAGAAUGCUCCGGAGAAACCACCUUCGGCGUACGUCAUGUUUGCUAACAGCGUCCGUGACGAACUAAAGGGGCGCAAUCUCAGCUUCACGCAGAUAGCCAAGCUGGUGGGAGACCGGUGGAAAGUGCUGGAACCGGAGAAGCGGGAGUUGUAUGAGUACAAGGCGACGGCGGCGAAGGACAAAUUCAACGCCGAGUUUGAGGAAUACAAGAAGACGGAAAACUACCGAGACUAUGCCCGAUACUUGGCGGAUUUCAAGUCCAGGUUGGCCAGAGAUGGCAAGGAAACACCAGGUGAGCAAUCUACCCACGCGGCUGUUGUCUAUUUGAGGAUCGAAGAACAAUCCGAAACGACCAUGAAACGGCCAAAGCUGGAAAGUGCCCCAGGCACGGGCAGCAGUCAGGGCGGGAAUUCAGAUGUUGGCACGGUUGUGGGAAGUCCGGUCAGUAUGGGAAGUGCCAUCCACUCUUCCUCUUCGGCGAUGGGGAUGAUGUCCUCGGGACCGCCCAGUGCAUACUCUCCUUCGUCAGCAUCUUCGCGCAAGAAAUCGACUUCACCCAAACAACCUCGAAAUUAUUCCUCCAUGGCAACCACUAGCACGGCAAUCUCACCAGCCACCAAAUCCAUCGAUUUCGCGGGCUACCGAGAAUCGCUGGCAAGGACCACGCAGCAUCAGCAGCAGGAGGCGCUCACGGCGUCCACCACGGACACGGACAGCCCCUUUUUCCCGCGAAUGCACACGGCGGUGCAAAAUCCGCACAUUCAGCAGCAGUCAUCGUACCUCCGGCACCAGCCGACAUCGGCACCGACACCGCCACCACGCAACAGCAGCGGCGUGGUUUUACCGAGUCCGGGGAUACGACGGCGAGAAGACACGUUUUCACCCAUGUCGUCCAUCUCCGGGUCGAUAAGCAGCAGCGGGAGCUCGACCGCACCCUCAAUCACCCCGAUCACACCGCUAACCUCCGGUCUCGACGAGAACACCCGCAGCAAACGAGCCCUCCCCCUGCCCUCCCCUUCCCCGUCGGGAUACUUUGACCAACGGGCCCACCACCAACGACAACCCUCACAGCCGCAGUCACCCCGAUACGGACAAACGCCGCUACCCCCUCCCGACCAUAGAGCAUCACUCGCACGCGCGCUCCUACUCCUCCACGUCGCUGAAUUCGCUCCCCGCCCCCUCGAACCUUGCCACGACCACACCAGUGCACCCAUUACCACAUCCUCCGACCGGCCCGGGCCAGCCGUCCGAGCAGCAGCAACAGCAGCAGCAGCAGCAACAGCAAUAACAGCAGCAGCACUCCGAAUACCGCCCUCCCGAGUAAAAAAAUAUCGAUUUUCACGUCACUAUCUAUUUCAGACAAUUUUCAUUAUUUUUUCAUUUUUUUGGAUAUUGUUGCAUGUGGCGUCCACGCAUUUUUUUUAUAUUUUUUUUUUGAACGCUUGA